CCCUCCAAAGAGGAAACACCACAUCAUUCUCUAGAAAUGGGAAGUGUCGCAGUGGAGUCCUCGCCGCCGACGGCCGUCAAGAAACCAUUCGAAGAAGAAAACGAAGGGAAGGAAGACGAAGAAUCUCCGAUCGAAGAGGUCCGGUUAACCGUUCCGACCACCGACGACCCGACUCAAUAUCUAUGGACCUUCCGAAUGUGGGUGUUGGGUCUAAUUUCAUGCGUUCUCCUCUCGUUUCUAAACCAGUUCUUUUCGUACCGGACAUCGCCGUUGGUAAUAACUCAGAUCACCGUUCAGGUAGCGACGCUUCCUAUAGGGCGGUUUAUGGCGGCAGUCCUCCCCACUACCAAGUUCAGCCUGAAACUACCGGGAUGUAAAUCCCGGAAGUUUUCAUUGAAUCCGGGACCAUUUAACAUGAAAGAGCAUGUAUUGAUUACGAUAUUUGCUAAUGCCGGCAGCGCUUUUGGCAAUGGAUCGGCGUACGCCGUCGGAAUCGUGAAUAUCAUAAAGGUCUUUUAUUUCCGGAAUAUCUCUUUCAUUGCAGCUUGGCUCCUCAUCAUCACUACCCAGGUUUUGGGGUACGGGUGGGCCGGGCUCUUAAGGAAAUACGUAGUUGAACCGUCGCACAUGUGGUGGCCCAGCACCCUCGUUCAGAUCUCCUUGUUCCGUGCACUUCAUGCUAAAGAAGACGAUGAUGACGAAGACCCUAACAGCGACAACAAAAAGCGCAUGUCACGACCAAAAUUCUUUGUGAUCGUUCUUGCAUGCAGUUUCUGUUAUUACUUAUUUCCCGGAUACUUAUUUCAAACCCUACAAAGCAUUUCAUGGAUAUGUUGGGCUUUUCCCAAAUCCGUAACGGCCCAUCAACUCGGGUCGGGCUUUUCAGGCUUAGGCAUUGGAGCUUUUUCACUUGAUUGGGCCACAACAGCUUCUUUCUUAUUUAGCCCUCUCAUUUCCCCUUUCUUUGCUAUAGUCAAUGUUUUCUUGGGCUAUUUCAUGAUAAUGUACAUGGUGAUUCCGAUAUCUUAUUGGGGACUAAAUGUGUACAAUGCCAAAAACUUUCCGAUUUACUCGAAUGAUUUGUUUACGGGGGAUGGGCAGCUGUAUGAUAUCACAAAGAUUGUGGAUAACAAGUUCGAGAUAGAUUAUGGAGAGUAUGCGAAGCAAGGGAGGGUUAACUUGAGCACAUUUUUCGCGUUGACAUAUGGUUUUGGAUUUGCUACAAUUGCAUCUACGAUUACUCAUGUUGGUCUUUUCUACGGGAAGGAGAUAUAUCAACGUUACAAAGCAUCAACGGAGGGUAAGGUUGACGUGCACACACGAUUAAUGAGGAAGUACAAAGACAUACCGUCAUGGUGGUUUUACGUGCUUCUUACGAUAACGCUCAUGAUUAGCCUUGCGCUCACCAUUUUCAUGAAAGAUCAAAUACAAAUGCCGUUUUGGGGAUUAAUAUUUGCUGCUUUCAUCGCUUUCUCUUUCACCCUCCCCAUUAGUAUCAUCACUGCAACAACAAACCAGACACCAGGUUUAAACAUUAUAACGGAGUAUGCCAUGGGGUUGAUCUACCCGGGAAAACCCAUAGCCAAUGUGUGCUUCAAGACCUAUGGUUACAUGAGCAUGACUCAAGCCAUCUCCUUUUUAAGUGAUUUUAAGCUUGGACAUUACAUGAAGAUCCCACCACGAUCCAUGUUCCUGGUUCAGUUUCUUGGAACAAUAAUAGCUGGAACCGUAAAUUUAAGCGUUGCGUGGUACCUUUUAAACAAUAUAGAGGACAUGUGUCACCCUGACCCUAAGUCCAAUAGCCCAUGGACAUGCCCAUAUGACCAUGUAUUCUUCGAUGCAUCCGUCAUUUGGGGCUUAGUUGGGCCAAGAAGAAUCUUCGGGCCUCUAGGGAACUACGGAGCCCUAAAUUGGUUCUUUCUAGGCGGGUUUGUGGGCCCAAUCAUAGUAUGGUUAUGUCACAAAGCAUUCCCGAAGGUACCGGAAAAUGUGGUGGAAGAGGUACAAUUAUAUCCUCUCGGCGGCCCUUGA